AAACAAACUUCUACAAAAACAACAACUUGUUAAAUAUAAUAAACCCAACUGUCCUUCUUUUUUGCAAACACAUCCAGACUUGCUCGAUCAUAUUCAUGUUAGUAUUGAAUUUGGGGCUGCAGAAAAUAAAAGAAGAAGAAAGGUAGUAAAAGUCAGAACCAUCAACCACUUUGUAAAUGAUGGCAAAAAUAUAUAUAGUAAAUAUGUUGCCAGAUCUAUCAUAAACAAUUAUCUACAACCUUCUCAUCCAAACUCAAUAGCAGCCAAGACCAAUUGUUAUCCUGUCAACAUUUUGGUCUUAUUAGUGUCUAGAACUGACAACAAUGACCAUCCAGAUGAGCAUUAUUGUCUUGCUUCUGUAAAAGUGACAAGACAAUAUGCAUUUUUAUUUUCAAAGUUUUUAGUUAUAAUUUUGCAGGAUGAUAAGGCCAAGGUUCCUUUUGGCAUUACAGCAAUCAAAAGAACCUUUAGAGUUUUACAAACAAUUAGAGAGCCAGUGAUGGUUCCUGACUAUAAUUUUUCUGUAGGUCAAUCCAAAUACAAUCCUGUAGAACAGAGUAUGGUAUCCUUUUCUCAAAACCUUGCAGGUAUCAUCCUACCAGUUAAUAUCUAUGGUUCUUAUUUAAACUCUCAAAGCCAAUUUAUUGAUGUGGAAUUAGCUAAAAAAAAUUUUAAACAUACUGGAGAAUUAUUAUGUGACCUUUGGAAAUGA